AAACUUAAAUUAAUAACAGUUUCUUAAGAAACAUUAACAACUUAAUAUAUUGAUUUAAUUACUUAUUACAUCCGAUAUCUAGACAACAUGCGUCCAUUGAUUUCAAUAGCGGUAAUUGUGCUUUUGUGUGGUUUGGCUGCUGCAGGACAUUAUCAUCAUCAUGAAGGUCAUGGUGGUUCGGGCAAAGAGGUCGGUUAUAGUGUGGUAACCUCACAUGGUUCUGGUGGUCAUGGUGGUGGAGGUCAUGGUGGUCAUGGAGCUGGAGGCCAUGGUGCUGGAGGUCAUGCUGCUGGAGGGCAUGGUAGCGGUGGUCAUGGUUCUAAACAUGGUUAUGAUGGUGGUCAUGCCGCUUACGGUGGACACGGUUCUGAUGGUGGCCAUGACAGUCAUGAUGAUGACGAUGGUCAUGGUCAUUAUGCUCAUCCUAAAUAUGAAUUUGAUUAUGGUGUUAAAGACUCUAAAACUGGUGACAUUAAAAGUCAAUCCGAAACCAGAGAUGGUCACAAAGUUAAGGGCAGCUAUACUUUAAAAGAAGCCGAUGGCACAACUCGUCAUGUCGAAUACUCUUCGGAUAAAAAGAAAGGAUUUACUGCUGUUGUUCAUAAACUAGGUGAUGCUAAGGGAGCUGAUGGUGGUCAUGGUGGUUAUGGUGGUCAUGGAUCACAUGGUGACCAUGGCGGUAAAGCCGACAGUUAUGUUAUUGUUAAAAAACAUGAAGGCAAGAAAUAUUAAAUGUUAUUCCCAAUAUCAAAAUGAUCCAACCAAAACUGACAUAAAAAUUAACAUAAAAUCCUAAUCAUUGAAUUAAUAACUAAAUAUUAAGUCGAACAAAAUCAAAUACUAAGUCAAAUAAGAAACAAGUAAAAUCCUAUA